AAAAAGUAAAAAGAGAAGAAAAAGAAAGAGUGAUAGACAGGUGUAAAGAGAGCCUGUGAGAGACAGAAGAAAAGAAACACAUAAAUAGAAAAGGAGUCACAAGGUAAGAAGGAGGGGAGAGAGAGGUGAGAAAGAGAGAGCGAGUAACAGAAGAGAGCAUGUGGCGCGCAGACAGAGGAGUGGAGAGAAUGAGAGCGCUCUCUCACCCCAUCUUCACAGACAGCAGCUAAUGAACUAAGAGAGCGAGAGACGACACGUAUAAAACUAGAGAUCUGCUACCUGAGGAAACUUUCUGACACCUACAAGACACCUGUCAGAGACCAUUAUUGGGUUACACACAGAUAAAAAAAAAAGCCCAGCUGGAAGAUGCACUUCUGUCAUGGAGAAUAACGUAAAUGCUGAGACAAUGGGAGACUGAUAGGACACUCUUUUGACCUCUGCGCUGACACCUUGCAGGAUGGAAAGACGGAAAUUGGAAUGGAAAAUUCUGCAUGGAAAUUUCUGAAAAUUUCUUGUGACAGUUUUCUGUCAGUUUUGAGCUUCGAGCUUCAGCUCUAUCAGAUCGCAUGAACGAAGUGCUAACUCUUUCAACAUGGUUGCUGUUGACGUAAAGAGUCAACUUUAUCCCACACACCUCCAAAAUGUGAUUACAACACUCUCAGACACCAGACAAGUCAACAUACUCUACAAAGCCCGAAAAUCCUGUCUGAUCGUGACCGUUUCAAGAUGUUGAAUCCGGGUUGGCAGCUGAAUUUCAGGGCACCAUGGUCAAUGUGACACCCAGUAUAGACCCCGCGGUGGCCCACGAGAGGUACAACUACCUCGCAUUGAUAUGCGGCGUGCCUCUCAUCCUCAUCAUCAUCUUGGGGAACGUCCUAGUGUGUCUCAGUGUGUUGACCGAACGUUCUCUUAAAACCGCAACUAACUACUUCAUCGUCAGUUUGGCUGUGGCUGACCUUCUUUUGGCUGUGCUGGUCCUCCCGCUCUACGUCUACUCUGAGUUCCUGGGGGGCAUGUGGACCCUGAGUAUGUACAUCUGUGAUGCCCUAAUGACUAUGGACGUGAUGCUCUGUACUGCCUCCAUUUUGAAUCUAUGUGCAAUUAGUGUGGACAGGUACAUUGCAGUAGUGGUCCCUCUGAAAUACAACAGGAACCAGUUUAGUGUUCGUCAGCUAGCCUUGAUCACAGCCACCUGGGUGCUUUCACUAGGUGUAGCCAGUCCUGUCAUAUUCGGCUUAAACCAGGUGCCCAACAGGGACCCUCAUGUGUGUAAGCUGGAGGACAACCAGUUUGUGGUCUAUUCCUCCAUCUGCUCCUUCUUUGUCCCGUGCCCUGUCAUGCUCCUCCUGUACUACUGGAUGUUCAGGGGACUAAAGCGAUGGAGCUCUGGCCGUAGCCGGUCGCACCUCCACCACUCAUCCAGAGGCCGUAGAAGCCUGUCUUUGCGCCUAGGAGCGGCUCUACAGAAGGAGAAGGGACGGGCGAGGGAGAAGGUGGUGUACCUCAUGCCUGCAAGUCUCAGUCCGACAUCUCUCACCGCUACCCCGACUACUCCAGUCUCCCCAGCUAGCCCGGUUACUCUUACCACAGAUGAGCUGGCAGAAGGUCAGAUGCCGGCAGCAGAGAGUGACCCCAUGACCACCCAGAUGGACAGUGCUUCGGAUGCAGAGAACCCUGAGCGUGCCACUGAAGAUGAGGGCGGACAGGAGAAUGGUGUAGGGAAGAACCAUCGCCCUCAUACGGGACGCCACCACAGCAAGAGCAACAGGGUGAGCGGACGAGAGCGGAAGGCAAUGAAGGUGCUGCCCGUGGUUGUGGGUGUGUUUCUGGCCUGUUGGACUCCUUUCUUCGUGGUCCAUGUGACAAAGGCGCUGUGUGAGUCAUGUGACAUCGGGCCGACGCUGAUCAGUGUGGUCACAUGGCUUGGUUACGUGAACAGCGCCGUCAACCCCAUCAUCUACACUGCCUUCAAUGUCGAGUUCAGGAACGUCUUUCACAAACUGCUCUGCUGUCGCACCUGAGGCCAAACGCUCUUUAGCACAAGCCUAAAUUCAUGAUGAAUUAUUAAAUAAUUCAAACAAUAAUGAUUUACAAAAACAAAAAACAAAAAAAAGAAAAAAAACACCAAGAUGAUCUGAGUACACAGUGGUCUCCAAGCAAAGGAAUGCUUUAAGAAAACUGAAAGUUACAAAAUGAUGGAUUACCGAAAAGACUGAAUGCACAGUGGAAUGUACCAUUGAGGAAAACUUCUGAUGCCUUAGUUAACUGAACAUUUUCUUGUAAAACUAUUGUUUGAACACUACAGUAGAUAACAGAAUACUGUUGAUUCCAUAGCCCAGAGGCAUAAAAUAUGUGAAAACGUCCACAUUGAAGCUAACAGUUGUCUGUGUUUGAUAUGUGAUUGGUAUCAGUGUUGAUUUAAUUAUUUUUAAAUGAAUUUUCAUACCCCCCCCCCUUUUUAAGUGUUGGUUGUUUUCAAUAGAUAUGCAGAAUGGUCAGCCAGCUUUUUAAUGGUUUAAGAGCAAGUUAGAUGUGAUCAUGAACUGUGUUUGGAAUGGCAUACCAGCAUACUGUGUAAAAAGCAGUAUAUUGUCAGUAUGAUGCCUAAUGUUUUUAAAAAUUUAUGCAAUAUGGAAUGGACAGUUGCAGAACUUGACACAUUGUGUUUACUUCAAGCUCAUUUAUUUUUCACAUAUGCAUACUAGAAGACUGCUAUACUAAUACAAGAAAUAUGUUGUCUACUAGAGGUAUGCUAGUAUGCUUAUGCUAUUCUGAACACAGCCAUCGAUUCUUAAAGGUGCAUAUGGUGAGAUUUUGACAAAAAUUAACUAAGCCCUGUAAAACCAUGCAAACAUAGCCAGGGAAAGAUCUCAUUUUCAUGUCUACAUCACCUUUAGUUGGAACAAACAGUGUUAAGAAGUUAAUUCUGUGGCUUCAUACAAAGAGGAAAUUGUGCCAACUGUUGGGGGUGUAUAUACAGUUGCCAAAAUCAUUGGAUGCUUUUCUCUGCCCUAGUACACACAGCCUGCCAAUUUAGUUUUGUGUGAUUCACAAAAUGUGUACUGUAGAUGUGCUCAGCAGUGACUGGUAAUAAAUUGCAUAAUGGCACAGGGAUCGUGGGUAUUAUCUGGGGUGGAUUAUAGUAAUUGUGCUUCUAAGAAUCAGUGUUGUACAGAGACUUGUGGAAUGAGUAUUGCUGUUCUUGUACAGGAUCAUCAAUGCAUCUGUCACUUUAUGGAGAUGUAGUAUGUGCUUUACUGCUUAAACUGUACAAAUAUAUACGCACUGAGCUUCAUAAGUCUGAAACCACACUAACAAUCUGGGACUGAAUUUAUGAUUUGUGAAAUUCAUCUUAAUUUUACUUUACUAUGGUAAUAUAAUAUGAAAAAAAUAAAUAAAAUAAAAUUAUAAAAUAGAAGACUUUGCAUGUGUGGUCUCAUCCUUUUGGACCUCACUGGAUGCAAAUAUAUACGCUACAGUUGAAAAGUUGGGGGUUGGUAAUCAUUUUUAUUAAUACUUUUAUUUAGCAAGAACACCUUAAAUAGAUCAAAUGUGACAAAUGUGAGGUUUUGAUAUAUUUGCGGUAGGAAAUUUACAAAAUAUCUUCAUGGAACAUGAUCUUUAAUUAAUAUCCUAAUGAUUUUUGGCAUAAAAGAAAAAUCAAUCAUUUUAAAAAUCAAUAAAUAAAAUUCAAUAAUAACUACAAAUAUACCAGUGCGACUCAAGGCUGGUUUUGUGGUCUGGGGUCACAAAUGUGAUAGUAAAAGACUUUUAUAAAGUCAAAUAAAUGCUAAUCUAAAUAUAAGAAA